AUGAGCGGGAAAAGAAAAGCCUCCGUCUUCGAGGAGGACAUGUUCCACCUCCAACCGAACACAACCAUCUCUACUACACCCUCCGUGACGUCGUCCCCUCUGUCCUCGACCAGCAGCACCAUCUCCUCCCUCGGCGACACGCACCCAUAUGACUUCCUCCGCGUCAAAGCCGUGCCCUACCUGAACAGCCGCACGCGCAAGCGAUAUCGCGACGAUCGGCCCGACGAAGAGAUCAUCCACGAAAACACCCUGAAGAAGCUGUACGACGCCCAACGCCUGCAUCUCGACGAAGCGAUGCCCAUGUCGGACGUCAUCUCCCUCGGCGAGGACGGCCUGCCCGUGGACGAAGCCGACACCGAAAUGACCGACGAUGUGCCUGACGCGGAGAUUCCACAAACCGCUCAAUUGAACCAGAGAACGAUCGAUGCGUUUUUCGGGUCCCGAGGGGGCGGUGCACAAUCUCGAGCCAACGCCCUCGACGUGUCGCCCAACCCCUUUCUCUCGAAACCCGGGACUCUCCACAGACAGCGACAGCAGGUUCAGAGGACCUGUUACGACUACUGGAACAAUCCGAAUCUGCAUUCCAUUGGUGACUCCGCAGCCGCCGCGAGGUGA